AUGUCAGAGCAGCAUCUUCUUCUGCAGUUACGCAUCUCCCUGGGUACGUUGCUUGAGAAUAUCGGCAAGAGCAUGAAUCGGAGGCACGGCGGGUUGAACCAGCUGGGCGGGGCCUUCGUGAACGGCCGCCCGCUGCCGGAAGUGGUCAGGCAGCGCAUUGUGGACUUGGCCCACCAGGGCGUGCGGCCCUGCGACAUCUCCCGCCAGCUGCGAGUCAGCCACGGCUGCGUCAGCAAAAUCCUGGGCAGUAGGUACUACGAGACUGGCAGCAUCCGGCCCGGCGUGAUUGGCGGCUCCAAGCCCAAGGUGGCUACCCCCAAGGUGGUGGAGAAGAUCGGGGACUACAAGCGGCAGAACCCCACCAUGUUCGCGUGGGAGAUCCGUGACCGCCUGCUGGCCGAGGGUGUCUGCGACAAUGACACCGUGCCCAGCGUCAGCUCCAUUAACAGAAUCAUCCGAACCAAAGUCCAGCAGCCAUUCAACCUCCCGAUGGACAACUGCGUGGCCUCCAAAGCUCUGAGCCCUGGGCACAGCCUGAUCCCCAGCUCGGCCGUGACCCCCCCAGAGUCACCCCAGUCGGACUCACUGGGCUCCACCUACUCCAUCAGCGGGCUCCUGGGCAUCGCCCAGGCCAGCAGCGACAACAAGAGGAAGAUGGACGACAGCGACCCAGAGAGCUGCCGGCUCAGGAUGGACACUCAGAGCAGCACCAGCGCCACCCGCAAGCAUCUGCGCUCCGAAGCCUUCGGCCAGCCCCUCCUGGAGCCACUGGAGUGCCCCUUCGAGCGGCAGCACUAUCCUGAGGCCUACGCCUCCCCCAGCCAUGCCAAGGGCGAGCAGGGUCUCUACCCACUGCCCCUGCUGAGCAGUGCGCUGGACGACGGCAAAGCCGCGCUGACCACCUCCAACACGCCACUCGGCCGCGGCCUGGCCGCCCCCCAGCCGUACGCGGCUGUGACGGACCCCCACUCCCCCUUCCUUGUAAAGCAGGAGACCCCCGAGGCCUCCAGCCCGAGCGCCACCCCUUCCUCUUUAUCUAGUGCCGCCUUUUCGGACCUGCAGCCUGGGCCGCCCUUCAGAGCCUUCCCCCACUGCUCCGCCAUCUACGGCCAGUUCCCCGGCCAGGGCCUCGUCCCAGGGCGCGAGAUGGUCGGCUCCACCCUGCCCGGCUACCCCCCGCACAUCCCCACCGGCGGGCAGGGCAGCUACGCCUCGUCCGCCAUUGCUGGCAUGGUGGCAGGCAGUGACUACUCUGCAAAUGCCUACAGCCAUUCCCCCUACUCCACCUACGGUGAGGCCUGGCGGUUCCCCAACUCCAGCCUGCUGAGUUCCCCGUAUUAUUACAGCUCUGCCUCAAGGGCCCCUGCGCCCCCUUCUGCUGCCUACGACCACCUGUAG